AUGAAAUCCGGAAUAGCUUGUUCACGAGUCGAUGGUUAUUUUAUUUCGAUUUCAGACAGACGUGCUCCCUCCCAGUCACAUGAAUCUCUCUUUGAUCUAAAGCACAGAAACAAUCAAACCCCCAUCGGAUCUAACAAGUUGAAUAUGGGAGUUGCACAAAAAAGUAAUGGCAUGGAGGAGGCAACACUUGAGAUUGGAAUGGAAUAUAGAACUGUCUCUGGAGUUGCUGGACCUCUGGUCAUCCUUGAUAAAGUGAAGGGACCAAAGUAUCAAGAAAUUGUGAAUAUCCGUUUAGGAGAUGGAUCAACUAGGCGUGGUCAAGUCUUGGAAGUUGAUGGAGAAAAGGCUGUUGUUCAGGUUUUUGAAGGAACAUCUGGAAUUGACAAUAAAUUCACCACUGUUCAGUUCACUGGGGAGGUUUUGAAAACUCCUGUUUCCAUGGAUAUGCUUGGGCGUAUAUUUAAUGGCUCUGGGAAACCAAUUGAUAAUGGUCCUCCUAUUUUGCCAGAGGCCUACCUCGAUAUUUCUGGAAGUUCUAUCAAUCCUAGUGAGAGAACAUAUCCAGAAGAAAUGAUACAGACUGGUAUCUCAACAAUUGAUGUGAUGAAUUCAAUUGCUAGAGGACAAAAGAUUCCUCUGUUUUCUGCUGCUGGACUUCCCCACAAUGAAAUAGCUGCACAAAUCUGUCGUCAAGCUGGUUUGGUCAAACGCUUGGAGAAAACACAAAAUUUGCUUGAGGGUGGGGGAGAAGAGGACAACUUUGCUAUUGUGUUUGCAGCUAUGGGAGUGAACAUGGAAACUGCACAAUUCUUCAAACGUGAUUUUGAGGAAAACGGAUCAAUGGAGAGAGUGACUCUUUUUUUGAACCUGGCCAAUGAUCCUACGAUUGAGCGCAUCAUUACUCCCCGUAUUGCUCUUACCACAGCCGAAUAUUUGGCGUAUGAAUGCGGGAAACAUGUUCUUGUUAUCUUAACUGACAUGAGUUCCUAUGCCGAUGCCCUUCGAGAGGUCUCUGCCGCUAGAGAGGAAGUACCUGGUAGGCGAGGGUAUCCUGGGUAUAUGUAUACGGAUUUGGCAACAAUAUACGAGCGUGCUGGACGUAUUGAAGGCAGAAAAGGCUCCAUCACUCAAAUCCCAAUUCUGACUAUGCCCAAUGAUGAUAUUACACAUCCCACCCCGGAUCUUACGGGUUACAUUACUGAGGGACAGAUAUACAUCGACCGACAGCUCCAUAACAGACAGAUUUACCCACCUAUCAAUGUGCUUCCAUCCCUAUCUCGAUUGAUGAAGAGUGCUAUUGGUGAGGGUAUGACUCGUCGAGACCAUUCUGAUGUCUCUAAUCAGCUAUAUGCAAAUUAUGCCAUUGGAAAAGAUGUCCAGGCGAUGAAAGCUGUGGUUGGAGAAGAGGCUCUCUCUUCUGAGGAUUUGCUAUAUUUGGAGUUUCUGGACAAAUUUGAGAGGAAAUUUGUGGCUCAAGGGGCGUACGACACCCGGAACAUCUUCCAGUCGCUUGAUUUAGCAUGGACACUUCUGCGGAUCUUCCCCCGUGAACUUCUUCACCGUAUACCCGCCAAAACCCUUGAUGCCUUCUACAGCCGUGAGGCAUCCAAUUGAAACACACAGGUACUUCAGUGGACCGUGGCAAGGCGAAGGCAUGACCGUAC